AUGAACACUCAAACCCGUCCUUCCGAAAGCUUUCCCGUGCGCGGUCGCAGCCAGGCUCGCUCCUGCAGUGCGGCUUUCGCGCUGGGGGUUGUUCACGGUUCCGGCAAAGCCGAGGCCCCGGUUCCCACGGCGGCAGGUUUGGUGACCGGUCGGAGCCCCCGAGUCUUGUUUCCGCAGGUGGACUUCGAGGACGUGAUCGCGGAGCCCGAGUCCACGCACUCCUUUGACAAAGUGUGGAUCUGCAGCCAUGCCCUCUUUGAGGUCAGCAAAUACGUGAUUUACAAGUUCCUGACCGUGUUCCUGGCUAUCCCCCUGGCCUUUGCUGCUGGAAUUCUCUUUGCCACCCUCAGCUGUCUGCACAUCUGGAUUAUAAUGCCUUUUGUAAAGACCUGCCUACUGGUCCAGCCUUCAGUGCAGACAAUAUGGAAGAGUGUGACAGAUGUUGUCAUUGCUCCAUUGUGUACAAGCGUAGGACGCAUCUUCUCUUCUGUCAGCUUGCAACUGAGCCACAACUGAACACUGGGACCCAGGUCUGGAGAUUUGGAUACUGUAAUACUUCUUUGUUGUUAUAGCAUAAAGCAACUACUGUUCUGUUCAUUGCCUAGCUGUUCUCAUUAAGAAAACUAUUAAGAUGGGCAGCCACAUUUAGAAAUGUUUAUUGGCAAUUUUUUUCAAAUAAUUAUUUUAUAAUUAAUAACCAAGGAUUUCAUAUCUAACUUUAUAACCAGAAUCAUACAGUAGGUUGGAAACACUGAUUUUAAAGGCAAACACUUUUUGCUUUAGUACAAAAGUAUGUAUUUUAUCAUGAUGAAUUUAUAAUAAUCAAAGUACAUUUCUCUCAAAUACUACAAUGGUUUUGUGCACAACUGCACAUAAAAAUAUGGGAUUUCUUAUUUUUUUACUCUGGAAGUAAUACUUUUAAAUUACCCUUGCAGAUAAAGCCAUAGGGAUACUUAGUAAUAAGAUAUACAAAGAUUCUAGAAAUUGCAAUAAUGAAAGCAUACAGCAGUAAUAGAGGCUAUCAAAUAAAUAAAACAAAUGUGAAAAUUGAUUUAUGCAAAUGUGUUCCUUAAAAUAAGGUAUUGUUAAUCGACAGUCCUAUUUAACAAGACAUUUCAUUUUACUGUAUAUUUUGUACUUAAUGUAAAUGUUGCUCUAAUCAGAUUGCUUUAAAGUACUUUUAUUGUAUUUGUGUUCUUGUUGAGCUAAUAUAUAAAAUGAGUAACUAUAUCUCCCACAAGGAAUUUCUCUGCUGAGAUUGCACUGCCUUGAUUAUGUAAGCAUAUCUAUCUUCUUCGGGAACAGAAUGUAAAAGACCAAUGUACUUGCUUUUCUUUCUAACUUUCCAAGCAAAACCCUGAAAUGUUUUAUAACUAAUGUUUAUCUUAAAAUAAUCUGUAUCUAAUUCUUAUUUUGUCUAGGAGAUGCUUUCUCUCUUAUAGUUAGAAAUUAAACCUAUAUGCUGAAUUCCUAUUAAUGUUUCACUUUACCUUCAAGUAAUAUUGGUGCUAAUUGAUAACAUUUUACAAUAAAGGCUAUUUCUUACACUUAAGUACAAUUUCAACUACAGUGAUUCAUGUAGAGAGACUUCUAAGAAAGUUGUCAAUCUGUUGGGUUCUUGCGACUGAGCUAUUAUAUAUAAAUUAAACACUAACAGCUAUAAAAUUUUAAUAUGUUGUGUAACAUGGGUUUUGUUACACAGUAUAGAAUUAUUCUUAUCAUUUUGAACUGUACAAUCCUAUUUCAAUGUUAUGAGUUGGUGUUGUUUUAAAAAUCUCAUUAUUCCAAAAUGAUAGCGUACACAAACUAUUUCUAUGAUGUGAGUGGUUACUAAUUUACAUAUCUUAAAAGUAUAAACAUGCUCAAAUUUCAGAAUUACUAUAAGAACCUGAAUUAACAUUCCUUUGAAUAUCUUAAAAGAUGACAAAUCUUCAUUCAAAUAUUAAUUUUAUUUUUCCAAAUUGCCAGGAUUGGUGAAAUAAAGCAUGAUCAAACUGGAAUACUCUUGGAGACCAAAGCAAAUGAAUGAUUAAAUUAUGAAACUUGUAUUUUUCUGAAGGUAGUCUCAAAAGACACUUAUAAAAACUGUCUUAGGCCAUUUUAGCAUCUGUAGAAAAGACCCUCAUGAUCAUUACCUUAAGGCAUUACCACUCAUUUGGCAAGUUUUAAAGCCAAAAUACAUAUACUUAGUCAUAUAACAAAACCAAUUAACUUUUAACAAAUGAUAAAUAUGAGCUCCUUAUUUCUGAAUAGCACUGGAUACUUUCAAAGUGAAUUUUUAUAGAGAUUUGCCAUUAACUAUUUCAAAGACUGAAAUUUUGUACCAAGUGGAUCCAGGUUUCAUGUGCAAGCAUGUUUGUUUUUUAGCUGGGUGUGGGUGAGAGGUUCAUGACUUGGAGACUUUCCGAAUAUCCAUAAUAAACUUUCUAAAAACCCAUA